CGAGAUGCAUUUCUCACGUUGGUCGGCGAGUAUUUCAUGGAAUAUUUAAUGAAGAAUUCUUAUGACGAACUGAUCCGUAACCUUGGCGCCAACACACUCGAAUUUAUCCAGAAUCUUGACUUCGUCCAGACGUACUUAAAAGAAGAAUACCAGGAGGAAGUCAUGCCGAGUUUCCGAUGUGAUGGGGACUCGGUCUCAGACCGAAUGACCCUUCACUACUACUCUGUCCGACCUGGCUAUACAUGCUUUAUCACAGGAUUUUUAACCGCCGUUGCCAAAUCCCAAUAUGGUAUGCAGCUUACCAUAAAUGUCCUGUCCACCACCGCGGAGACAGUAGCACAGGAGAGGGGAUACAGAGAACAUGUCAUAAUAAACAUUCUGGCUAAGAAACCGGAAGAGCAACCGGAAACGGAAGGACCUCCAACAUUUGUAGCUCAGACGCCAAAGAACGCCGAACGUCAGAUUCUUAAAACGGACGUGGACGCAGUGCGUGCUCGCCUCGAGGAGAUCCUCCGAACGCAAGGAGAGGAUGCCUUACCUCUCAAUAAGUACCGCAGCGCUAAGGCGAAAUGGAAGGCCAUUGCAAAGAUCAGUCUCUUUUCCAAGGGAUUUGUGCCCAGCUAUCCUCACCAGAGUGCAAUAAAUCCUAAAAUGUUUAUCGAUGUCUUUCCCUACCAUAUCAUAUUUGAUUCCGACAUGAAACUAUACCAGACUGGUGUGAGACUGCAGAAGAUGAUGCCUUCAAUAAGAAGCAGGAUGGCUAAGGUCACAGACUUCUUUUCUCUGAAGUAUCCCAGAUGUACUGACUUCACUUUUGAAAACAUGAAGAACUUUGUAAUGUGUCCAUUUAUCCUAGAAGUACAAAAAGAUCGUUUGGCAAAAGACUUUGCAAAAUACGACCCUUUCCAGAUCAAAGGUCAGAUGUUUAUGCUGAUGGACAGAAACUUCUUUUUCUUCAUCUGUUCCCCGGUGGUUAGAUCAUGGCCCGAUCUUGAGAAGCGUGAAAUGAAGAUGGCCGACAUUCCUAUCUGGGAUGCCACACGUGACUUCCUAUUGACGGAUCUCACAUACAGAAUAUCCGCUGGUCAGACAACUGUCGUCGAACAGGACACCACACUUCUGCUAGAACAGCAGAGGUUGAUGGCAUUGAGUAUAGAAGACAAAGAAAACAUAACAAGGCUACAAAAGGAUCUUGACAGUGAGAAACACAGGAACGACUCCCUAUAUCAUGCGUUCCUCCCACGACAAGUUGCCAAUAUGAUCAAGGACGGCAAGUCUUACCAUGGAGAAUAUUACCCCGAGGUGACGGCCAUGUUUUGUGACGUAGUACAGUUUAUGAACCUAGUAGCUAACUGUAAACCUGCAGACGUUGUUGGAGUCCUCAACUCACUGUAUACUAGGUUUGACAAAGUCACAAAAGUACACGACACCUAUCGAGUGGAGUCUAUCGGUGAUGCAUACUUUGUGGUGUCCGGAGUACCAGAAAAGAUUGACAACCACGCAGACAGGAUAGCAAAUACCGCCCUAGGAAUGAUGUACCUGUCCCAGGAAGUUUCAAAUCCAAUGAGUGGUGCAAAGAUCAUGAUACGAAUUGGCAUACACACUGGCUCUAUGGUUUGCGGUGUCGUAGGAACAAAGCUCCCUCGAUUUAUUGUUCUGGGUGAAACAGCAGUAGUAGCCUCUAAAAUGGAAAGUCACGGUGAACCUGGAAAAAUACACAUCAGCCCGUCAACGUAUAGAUUGCUGAAAGGCAAAGGGUUUACGCUAGAAGACAGAGGUCGCAUUGAGCUGAAAGGGUUUGGACCAAUCGGGACCUUCUUUUUGAUAAAGAAUGACCACGCAUCAGAAGAUGACCUCGUAGGUAGGUCGAAAUUGACCAAUCAGGACAUCGCUUUCAUCAACGAAGGUUAUGUACAUGAUCACAAGAAAGUUAACCAGACGCCAUCUUCUGGAGUGGGAAGUCGACCCCCUACCGGAGACAGCGAGUUUGCAACCUUCGCUUACUAA